AUGCGUUGGACCCCAGAAAAUGAGGAACUGCUAUGGCGGACCAUUUUUGAGACCCAGACUCUGACUCUAGAUUUGGACAAAAUUGCCGAAGGCUGGCCCGGUGAUGAUAAACCCACAGCAAAGGCUCUGAAGGAGCACCUUCCUAAAUAUCGCAAGGGGAUCAAGUCCGGUAUCUCAUUCAGUAUGAAUGGGAAGCGCCCUGCCGAUGAUAGCUCUGCUACACCUACCCCCAAGAAGAGACGCGCAACAAAGAAGGUCAAGGAAGGGGAGGUGUCAGAUGAUGGGCCUACCACACCGACCCCUAAGAAGAAUCGCCAGACAAAGAAGAAGGUCAAGGAGGAGGAGGAGGUAUCGGACGAUUCUGGUGUUGAGGCUCAUAUUUCUUCUGCUGUGAAGGAUAGGGAUUAG